GGUGUGCCGGGGCUAGUACCUGAUGGCGGCGGCGGCCAAUAGGGUGUGGGCGUAGGGAGCCUGCGUGGUGAGCACCCAGCCGUGCACUGCGGAGCCGUUGGCUGGGGCGAAGGGAGACAUGGAUCAGGGAUACGGAGGUUAUGGCACCUGGAAUACAGGGGCCACUAAUACACAAGGCACAUAUACAGCAAACACAGCAAGUUGGCAAGGCAUCACGGCAAAGGAGAAUUAUGAGGGAUCUUCAUGGCAGAUUUGGCAGUCAUAUUACGAGAGCCCUAGGACUGACAUAGCAAAGGGUAUGACAGGCUAUGAAAACUAUGACUAUUAUGGCACUCAAACAAGUGCUGCAACAUCAGCAGCCACAUACAACUAUGCUGCAGCUCCUGCUACCACCACAACCUGGGAAACCCCCAAAGCUACCGAUAUGAGCAUGACAGCUGAUGUCAGCAGCGCUAUGCCAGUUGCAUCUUACAGUACGGAGACUGUGACUAAUGAAAACUCUGACUCCAUCAUAGCCAAAAUAAACCAGCGCCUGGAUAUGCUGUCAAAGGAGGGCAGUGGCGGAACUGGGGAAGGAAUAGAGGAUCAGGAAAGUUCUUUCAGGUUUGAGUCUUUUGAUUCCUAUGAUUCGAGGUCAGCGAUGACCGACCGCAGUCUCUAUAACAGGGCUGGUUACGAUUAUGGUGAUGUUGGAACUGAUCAGAAUGAUUCCUUUGGAAGCCAGUAUGACAACCGUCAGGCCCGCAAUAGAGGAAAUAACUACAAUGUCAUGAGAGGGAGAGCCCAGAACCGUGUCCAAAACCGGGGGCGUCUAAAUGCUUUCAACCGCAACGACCACUAUAUGCCGUCUUCAAGUACGGAGCGACUGUCUGCCCGUUGGAAUGAAUUGAACUAUAUGGGUGGGCGGGGCAUGGGUGGGCCCAGUCCCAACAGGCUACCUUCACUCUUCUCCCAAGCCCUGGUUCCUGACUAUGGUGAUUAUGGGGACUAUGGUGAUUAUGGGGACUAUGGCGAUUACGGGGAUUAUGGCGACUAUGGUGACUACGGAGACUAUGGUGAUUAUGACUAUGGCAUGAUGGGAAUGUCAGGAAUGGGGAUGGGAAGGUAUGGCAACAUGCCUUAUGGAUACGGCAGGCCACGGAACAGAGUGAGUACGAUGCCCUGGCAUCUCAACAUGCUCAUGCCCAAGAGGAGGGGUUUCCGCAACCGCUCAGGAGGGCGGUCGGAUAGCGAAGGAGGACGUAAACGGAAACAGUCCCAAAGCGGAGAUGAGCCAGACAGCAAACAGGCAAAGACUGACAGCGAAGGAGAUGAUACUGAGAAUGCAGAUGAUGGCGAAGGAGAGGAGAAAUCUGGAGAUGAAGGCGACAAAGAGACAUGCACCAGGUCUGCUUCCUGCUUCAUACCACACCUUGGAACAAGUAUACAUCUCUCAAAUAAAGCAACCACCUAUCCCCUUCCUGAACAUAUUGCACCCAUCAAUGACACAUCUGGCGAUGGCGGUGAAGAGGAAGAUGAAGAGGUGAAAAAGAGGAGGGAAAAACAGAGAAGAAGGGAUAGAAUGCGUGAUCGUGCUAUGGAUAGAAUCCAGUUUGCUUGCUCUGUGUGUAAGUUUCGCAGCUUUGAAGAAGAUGAGAUCCAGAAACAUCUGCAGAGCAAGUUUCACAAAGAGACCUUGAGAUACAUUGGCACCAAACUCCCUGAUAAAACAGUGGAAUUCCUUCAGGAGUAUAUUGUGAACAGGAAUAAGAAAAUUGAGAAGCGCCGUCAGGAGCUGACUGAGAAGGAGGGCACAAAACAGAAACCAGACCCUUUCAAGGGUAUUGGCCAGGAACACUUCUUCAAGAAGAUUGAGGCAGCUCACUGUAUGGCCUGUGACAUGCUGAUUCCUGCACAGAACCAUCUUCUCCAGAGACACCUGAGGUCUGCUGACCAUAACAGGAACCGCAGGAUGGCAGCUGAGCAGUUCAAGAAAACUAGUCUCCAUGUUGCCAAGAGCGUCCUAAAUAACAAGCACAUUGUAAAAAUGCUGGAGAAGUAUCUCAAGGGUGAAGAUCCAUUCACAGACGAAAUUGCUGACCAAGAUGUUGAUGAAGCAGAAGCUUUGGAAGGAGGAGGCGAUGGUGGUGGUGAAGGGGCUAAUGAAAGCGCUACUGUAGAGGCUGCCCAGGCAAAGGAGGAAGGCACUGGGGAUGCAACACAAGCCACGGAAGCCACUGAAGCCACUAGUGCAGAAGGGGAAGAAACAGAAAAGGUUUCUGAGGAGAUGUCUGGAAAUGAGGAAUUGUCUAAAAAUGAGGGAGAAGAGAUGGAGCAACUGCCACAAGAGGAAGCGGAAGCAGGAACAGCAGCUGGAGCCGAAGUAGCAGCAGGGGAUGGGGUGGUGGCACUGGAGGGAUCAGAAGAAGCAGAAGUAGUAGAAGCAGCUUCAGAAGAACCAUCUCAGUCUCAAGAAAGCGUAGAGGAGCCAGUGAUUUCCUUUGGAGGUGAUGCUGAGAUUCAACAAGCUGAGGAAGUGGAGGAGGAGAAGGAGCAACCAAGUGAGGCAGCAGCGGCCAGCAGCGCUGAGGCUGAGGUAGAGGCACUGCCUGAAGAGGAGGAGCCGCAGCAGGAGUAGCCGUGCGGAUGUGUGUGUGGAGGUUGAAGACUGCAGGAAGCUGUACAUUCCCCAAGAAACUUGAGAGGCAUCACCUUUUUUGAAUUUUAGAAUGAAGAGCAGGGUUUGCAAAAUAAAAACAUCAUUAGAUCCUGACAGCUGUUUGGUUUUUAAGUGCAGCAGUCAAGCUGUGUUGUUUUCUUGUGCGACAGAGACUUAACUGAUCUGUUUCCAACCUAAGCACCUCAGGCAUCUCGAAUUCCUUCAGGGACUAUUUACUUGUUGAAAUGCUCCUUACAAAGGGGAGACUUUUUUGUCACAGGAUCUGUUGGCUUCAUUCAUCCAGGCUCCAGUACUGCAUGAGAAUUAGGGUCUAGCUUUUUGUUGUUAAGCACCAACUUGUUUACAUCUAGAAAUCAGGUCACUUUUCACAUAGGGCACCCAUGUGGAGGCAACUUUGAGGGAAAACCUUGCAUCUCCAGUCAAACCUAUUUCUUUGUCCUUGAAGAAAUUUUAUUGAGGUCUCAACAGUCUCACAAUCCAAAAUCAAUUGCCAAAUGCUGUCACAGGAUUAAUGAAACAGUACCAAGAUCAGCAAAUAAGAGCUGCUGACCUGUUGUUAAGUGUUAUUAUCUAUGCUUGUGGUAUAAAGUGUUUUAAGUCUGAUAUAGAUCCUCUACCAUUUUGGAUAAACCCAGAGUUCUUGGUCUUAAAGUUUAAAUAAACUUCUCAAUCUGGAAAAAAACAA